AAGCCCAUUAAAAUCAAAAGAAGCAACAAAACAUGAGACCUUUCUUCUUCCUCUCUCCAGUCCUGUUUUCAGUUCCUAAUUUCCACUCUUUGAACAAAUAUUCUUUACGUUACAGAGGGAAAGAUCACUUAAAAGCAAUUCAACAUUCACAAAUCACGCCUAUCAAUCGAUAUUCCCUUUACCAUCAUAGAGAAUUUUCGAUUACAUUUGGUAAUCCUUAUCAGGUAAGAUCGUCUCACGCUCUUAUUUCAAAAAGUUUAUCAAAUUAUCUAGGUUCAGUCAAAUUUAAGAGCGCCACACUUGGAAGUUUUGUUCAUCGGAUAUCCAGAAAUCGACAUGACGACAGCAAAACUUUUAAAGUUUUCAAUGAGGUUGACUCGGCUAGAGAAUUCAAAUCGUCAAAAGGUUUUGCCGGAUUUCAAUUUAGGAUAGGAGCAUAUUUGGCUUCUGUCAAAGCUGGCCUUGAAGACCAAGUAGGGACAAAGGCAACUUCCUGACGACAAAGAUGAAGAUGAAAGUGCUUACAAAAGGUAGCGGCAAUGCAAACUGGGAAGAUGUGCAUACGUAUCAAAACAUUUUCAAAAUGUAACAUCAAAUUUUUUAGUAUAUAUAUAUGAGAAAUCUAAGAAAUGUGCCACACAAUGUAGCAAUUCUUACCAAAAUUGCCACAGCCCACAAAUCCUUUUCAAUUGUGCCACAAUCCAAUUUCUAA